GAUUAGUGAUACAUUUGACCGAUUAAUUGGAGAAGCCAAUAACAAGAAGGAUACAUUCAAGGACGUUCCUCAGGAUGUUCGUCACAUUUACUCCGCGACAAGAAAGGCAAAACGUGGGGAGCACCUUCGGGGACGUGUUCAUGCUCGCCCGACAAUACGUGACUUUCCUCAGGAGUGGUUGCCUGAUCAACCUAUUAGUAGUUCCCGGAGCAUGUAAUAGCCUUCAAUGUCAUGCUCGUUUCUUACAACUCCAUUCUUUUCCGUCAUCGGGCCGUGACGCUUUAUAAAAGGGACCUCGAAUCGAUCACGAACAUCACUGUUACUGCCAUGUCUUCGUCGAGAAUUGUAAGAGCAUCUGUAGUACAGACCUGCACACAGGCCUAUUCACUAACAGACACAUUGGAUAAAAUGGAACAACUUACUCGCUUGGCUUCCGAACGAGAUGGGGCUCAGAUUGCUGUCUUUCCAGAGGCUUUUAUUGGUGGCUACCCAAAAAUGUCAACUUUCGGAGUCGUAGUCGGAGAUCGAUCCGCUCUAGGACGAGAGGAGUUUCUCAAAUACUACAACGCAGCAAUUGAAAUUCCCUCUCCCGCCAUCUCAAGGAUCGAGCAAAUAAGCAAAGAGACUGGCGUGUUCAUCGUUUCAGGCAUAAUCGAACGCGAUGUCGGCACAUUAUAUUGCACUGCGAUCUUCGUCUCGCCAGUUCAAGGUCUCGUUGGUAAACACCGAAAGUUAGUGCCCACAGCCGCUGAGCGCUUAAUCUGGGGACAAGGAGAUGGGUCCACUCUUCCGGUCCUCGAAACAUCUCUUCCGCCAACUGCAGAGCGUGCCAAGGAAGUGACAACUAAAAUUUCUGCGAGCAUUUGCUGGGAGAACUAUAUGCCUCUUUUGCGAACUUAUUAUUACUCUCAGGGAACUCAGAUUUACUGUGCUCCGACUGUUGAUGCUCGACCUGUGUGGCAGAACUCGAUGGUGCACAUUGCUAUUGAGGGACGUUGCUUCGUUCUAUCGGCCUGCCAGUUCGCACAAGAAAAAGAUUAUCCGGAAGACCAUCCAGUCGCCGACAUCAAUGCUCGAAAUCCUGAGAAUGUCAUGAUUGCAGGCGGAAGUGUUAUUGUUAGCCCGCUUGGAAAAAUACUAGCGGGCCCUCUGCUAGGAGAAGAAGGCGUCCUAACAGCGGAUCUCGACUUGGAUGACUGUAUUCGUGGCAAAUUUGAUCUCGAUACUACGGGUCAUUACGCGCGGCCGGACGUCUUUGAGCUCAAAGCCAACACAUAUUGAGGUGUUUGUAGUCAAUCCAGCUGGAAUAUGCUACAUACCAUCGAACAAAGUUCAAUUCCGGUCGCCUUGACGGUAUCUCGAACUCUAGGAUGAUUAUCCGCCAGUUGGCAGUA